AUGGACAACGUCGAAGAUAACGUCGUGGGCGACUUGUUCCGGCAAAAUGGGGAGGACAACGGAUACGACCCGAAUGACUACGUGCAAACGAUUAAUGUGGGGGAAUCAAUGCCGCCUUUUCACAUCUCUGUAGCCGAUGACGAUGGCGGAAUUCCCGGCUCACUCUUUGCUUGUGCCGUCUGGAACGGAGCGCGCUUUGUAGCCAUGUAUUUUGCGAAACAUCCGGAUUUGGUGAAAGGUCGACGUAUCGUCGAGUUUGGUGCAGCGUCGGCAUUGCCGUCGCUCGUGGCGCUACAUUUGGGAGCCAAAGUGGCUGUUAUGACUGACUACCCAAAUGAGUUGCUACUGGAGAAUAUUGCGACAAACAUCCGACGGAAUGAGCACCUACUAGGCAUAGGGAGGCGGGCGGUGCGUGGACACCUGUGGGGUAGUGACACGGCGGGGUUAUUGGCAUGUCUCGAGGAAUCGCCAUGCGUGAAAAUAUCUCAAUCAACUGCAGCAAAAUCCACAUGUGCUGUCGACUCGAUUGGGACUCGGUUCGACGUUGCAGUCGUUGCGGAGUGUCUGUGGCUGCAUGACUCGCAUGAAGAUCUGCUUCGAUCUAUAGACUCGUGCAUAGCGCCCAGCGCGCAGGUAUAUGUGAGUUUCGCGCAUCAUGUGCCAGGGCACGAACAGAACGACUUGUCGUUCUUCACUAAGGCGAAGGAACUGUACGGAUUUAUCGCCAUCUACCUGGACACGUUAGCGUCACCGCACGUCUACAACAAGGAUUUGAUCGUCGACCAGUACUUGUACGUGCUCACUCGAUCCCGAUAG